GCGGCGCGGCGGCUGGCUGGAUGCGAGCCCUGCUUCCCCGGCCGGGCGGCGGACGGCGGCUCUCGACGCGGGGAAGGCGACCCCGGCGCGGCCGAGCCCGGACGCGCUGGCCAUGGCCUCCAACUUUAACGACAUAGUCAAGCAGGGCUACGUGAAAAUCCGCAGCAGGAAGCUGGGGAUAUUCAGACGAUGCUGGCUGGUUUUCAAGAAGGCUUCUAGCAAAGGUCCCAGAAGGCUAGAAAAAUUUCCAGAUGAAAAGGCAGCUUAUUUCAGAAACUUUCAUAAGGUUACUGAACUGCACAACAUCAAAAAUAUAACCAGACUGCCUCGAGAGACAAAGAAGCAUGCAGUGGCAAUUAUCUUCCAUGAUGAAACGUCGAAGACAUUUGCCUGUGAGUCAGAGCUGGAGGCUGAGGAGUGGUGCAAGCAUCUCUGCAUGGAGUGUCUGGGGACCAGGCUGAACGACAUCAGCCUCGGGGAGCCCGACCUUCUGGCGGCUGGCGUGCAGCGGGAACAGAACGAACGAUUCAAUGUGUAUCUCAUGCCUACACCAAAUCUGGAUAUUUAUGGCGAGUGCACCAUGCAGAUUACUCACGAGAAUAUCUAUCUCUGGGAUAUCCACAAUGCCAAGGUCAAACUGGUGAUGUGGCCCCUCAGCUCAUUGAGGAGAUAUGGUCGGGACUCAACGUGGUUCACAUUUGAGUCAGGAAGAAUGUGUGACACAGGAGAAGGACUGUUCACUUUUCAGACAAGAGAAGGAGAAAUGAUCUAUCAGAAGGUCCACUCCGCGACACUGGCCAUAGCUGAACAACAUGAGAGAUUAAUGCUAGAAAUGGAGCAGAAGGCCCGGCUUCAGACAAGCUUGGUUGAACCGAUGACGUUAUCCAAGUCCAUCUCCCUUCCUCGGAGUGCGUACUGGCACCACAUCACUCGUCAGAACAGCGUUGGAGAAAUCUACAGUUUGCAAGGUCACGGGUUUGGAUCUGCAAAGCUGUCUCGUGCACAGACAUUUCCCAGCUAUGCCUCAGAGCAGAAUGAGGAAGCUUCCCAGCCGCUGUCCCGGUCAAACAGCUACGGAUUCAGCUACAGCUCCAGCCUCAUUCAAUGACACGCAGAGAGCCACUCUUGACCAGGGAGACAGUCUGUCCUGGGCCACCCCCCACAGGGUCAAGAGCCACUUGCACCCUGGGAGACCAACCACGGUCAAGACUGAAAUGGGUCGGGUCUAGUCCCAAUCACAGUGGAAGGUUAAAAACUGGAGUUCUGCUUCCUUGAACCAGUGGCUAAGUCCUUUAUUUAUUGAAUUUCUUUGGGGGAGUCUGUGUUUUAUGAAAAUAGAAUCCAAAUUCGUAUGAACAGUCAUUUAAAUAACAAAAUCCUUUGGGUCUGACAGUAGCAGAAGCUCGGCACCGUGAGAAGUCGCCAGACAGGGUCGUGGCUCCCUGAGGGCUGUGUCCCCCUGUCCCCAUGGUUGAGCCAUCCGUCCACCUGUCUGAUGACAGGGCCUGCCCUCGGACACUGUCUGUUUGGCUUUAAAGGUUUUGACAGGGACAAAGCCAAUAGGCUCUACAAAUGGCAUCAUAACUCUCCAUAUAAAUAAGUCCAGUGACAAUUAAUGGAACACAAAGUUUAUAAUUCAUUAUUAAGCAGGGCCCUGUAGCUCUACUGUGUGUGCGUGUGUGUGUGUGUGCACAAUUGUGUGUGUGUAUGUAUGUAGACAAAUACAGAUAUGGUAUGGCCAUAUCCAUCUAUAUAUAACAAGAAUAUAUCAAAUGUGUGCUGAGGGUGACAGGAUAUACUCACUUAAAUUGUUGAAAACUGUGAUUUGGUGCAUUCAAAUUAAGGUUGUUAUGUUGAAUAGCUAUUUUUAAAUAGUGCUGUAAAAAAAAGGCUUUUUAUUAGCAAAAGUAUUUAUGUAGUCAAGUCGGUUCUUAUGACAAGUGUAAAUGAAAAUGUGAGAAAGGGAAACACUUAGGAAGCAAAGAGCAAGUCUAGUUGUCCUACACUUCUCGUUAGCUAUCACGCUGUCUUCCCAGUUAGUGUCCCUUGUUUUGGGCAAUUUCUCUCCCUUUGGCCGUCCUUCUGAGCUCUGUGAGGAAGACUGAGUGUGAUCACUGAUCACCUUCCAUUUAACCUCGAGAAAAAAGAGGAACUCUAAAUGAGGAACUGUUGAAGAAAGAAAGAAAAUUAGACUUAAAAAGAGCUCAGCUACUUUGCAAUCAGUAAAAGAAGAAAAAGGAUUGUAGAUACAAACAUUUUAAAUGCCAUUGAUGCCAUUCUCAAGGGCCAUCGAGAGCUUGUAAUCGACUGUGUAAUCACGCCUGGCUGGGUUUUAUUUUUCUUUUACUGGACAGGUGUUGGCAGAGAUUGUAAGAGAAAAUCUAUUAAAUGUACUUUUUUCAUCCUUGACACUAAGGCCGAACCUACAAGGUUUAAAGGGAAGUGGUCAUAUCCAGAUGAUUUGGGAAAGUUUGGCUAAUUCAGGUCAACAUGGAUGUUUUUGCCCUUAACUUUGGAGUUUACUUGAGUAAAAAUACAAAUUAUUCUUCCCGACUCAUCUAAUGUCAUGUGCCUAGGAUGUUCAGGGUGGAUUUGAUGAGCAGUGAUCCCAAGUCAUGCAAGAGGAAAACCUGAUUUUUUUAAAUAGCAAAAUUCUUUAAAAAGUCUGGUUGUUGAAAGGGCACCUGCUUUACUGAUCUAUGAUAAGAAUUUUUUUGCCUCUCUAUCCACGGCUUGAGUGCAAACUAACAAUUCAUUUCAAUGAAUAACUAGGAAUAAAAAUGGUUCUAGUCCCUCCUCAAUAAAUUUGCUCUUAGUGCAACUAUCUAGAUUCUCUGAAUUCCUCAGUUAAGUAUGAAAACCCCAUCAUGAUGCUAAUCAUAAGAGUUCAUGUGACUGGGAAAAAUAAUUAUCCUAAGCCUUUGGGGAUAAAAAGAAAAUGACCCAAACACUCUGAACUGUGAAAAAAUUUUGCUGACAGGGCAGAAGAGGGGCAGCCUCGUUCCUUCAACACAGCCUUACCUGAAAUCCCAGCUUUCAGCGUCAGCCAUCUGGGAAUGACUUUAGCACAUGGCAUCUGCUUUUGAAACACCCUUUGUAAAAUCCACCAGAGCUCCUCCCCACUGAGACUAUUUAACACAGCUCCUAGUGGUGCCGCACUUAGAGACAUGCUCUCUGGCUCACUCGGUCGAGCUGUGGCUUAGAGACCUCAGGUUCUACGAGGGACUUAUGGGUACAGGCCCUUGGGGUCCCGGUUCAUGUCUCAGCUUUAUUCAUGUGCAGGAAGCACAGCCCGUGAGUCCACAGAUUCUGCUAAUUCUGUGAGUCUGCUCUCGGGUCUACUUGUGGGAGAUUGAGUGACUGUGUGAAGGUACCACAGGCACCUGAUCAUGCUUAUGAGAUUUAACCAAGCGCCAGGCACAACCUGGAGCCAGUUCCCUCUGCAAAGAGUGAGUCAUCAAACUAGCGUGUGAGAGAAAUUUCCUUCCCAAGUCUUUAACCCAGUCUCAUCACAAUGAGCAUUAAUGCUAUAAAAUAUCUCACCCUACCUUUUCGACAUUUAUUCUCCAAGUAUACUCUUGAUACAAUCGUAGCUAAGUCAAAAUUGCUAAAUGAACAGAUAGGAGAAUUUAUAUUAACCUAACUUACUUGGCAUAAGGCAAUGAGCAUUGUAAUAAAAAUGGCAAGCAGUUAAAUCUUCUGCAAAAACCAAACGUGAAAAUUUCUGUAUCAGUCUCCUGGAAUGUCAUAAAUUUCCACGCAAGCAACUGGAAGGAUCAGAGACAUGUAUUCAACUCACUUGAGACUGUAGGUUUUGGUUGAGAUGCCUCCACCCUUUGCAAGUCGUUUUUCCCCUUCCAGGGAGUGUAUUCUAUCUUUAAAAUACAGGAGACUUUAUCAUUGGGAGGGAGGGAUUGAUGUGAAUUAUUCACCUUUUGCCUCCUUCUCAGUGUGGUCCAGUUGGGUUCCAUCCAGAUUUGUACAGAUGAAUGAAGAUGGUCACAAUCUCCAUGGCAGGUGGGGAGACAGCAAUGACGAAGGCUCUUGUCAGAGCAGAGGGAACGUGGUGGGCUAAAGCUUGUCAGAGACAGCAUAAGGGGAUUGGUUUUUUCUGUCCCCAGUUUUUUCUUCUGAUAAUAUUAAUUACUGCUGCACGUGACCCACACAUGACAUUAUAUUUAAGAUGCAGAAAAGUACAAAAUAAUCCUGAUCCAAAAGUUUAUUAAACUGGUGGGGGGAAAAAAACAUAUCUGUUUCUUAGUUGUUGAACUAAUAAUAAACUCUCAGAAUUAAUUUAUUUUUGCAGGUUGCAAAUAUUCAUGAAUUGAUAGGUCUGGCCACUACCACAAUUUGAAUUUAAUGCAAUAAAAAUAUAUAUAUUUACUUAUAUAUUAGGGAAGAUGCUGUUUGAUAGGGCAUGUGAAAUGACAUGAAACAUAUGUAUCAAAAAUACACCCUUUCCAGCAAAUAGUAAUCUAGAGUACUAGUCCUGGUAUCUCAUACAAUUCUUCUCCAUCUUCACUGGGUAAUUUUGUUUAAAAUCAUUUAUCACCCAAGAAAUGUUCAAUCACUUACACCUUCUGUCCAAUAUAGAAACAACAUACUAAUAAAUUUAUACUGUUGGUAGUAGCUUCUGCAGAUCCAAUUUAUUGCAUGCAGUGUCUUAAUAGAAAAUAUUUACAAAUACAUCAUAAAAAUUUAUGUCUGUCCCUCAUCCUUUGGCCAAUAUUUCAGAAAUCUUUGCAAAAAAAAAAAAAAAAGCUUGAGCAUCAUAUUCCUGAAAUUAUUUGAACCAUUUACAAAAAAUCAGCCAUCAACGCUAGAGUGAGGACCAGCUAGGCAAAUUAUAUUCUUAUAAAAAUUGUCCAUUUUUGACAAUUAUAACCCAGCACAAUAAAUGGACAGUAUACAUUCAGUGGAGCUGAACUUUAAGACUUUAACACUUCAUGUUUAAAAAAAAAAAAUACUAAAAACUGCUCAAAGUGAAAAUUGUGUCAAGUUUUCUCCAAUUCUGCUAACAUGUCAUGUCUAUACAUAUCUCCCAAUUUCAGGUAACUUUGUCAGUCCUUAUACUUUACAGUUCUCUGACCCCAUCCUGCUCAAAAUAGAUAACAUGCCACUAAAUAUGCAUUUAAUUAUGAUGAUAAGUGACAUGCCCCCAUAAAUUUCUAGCCUAUGGAAUUAUGUAGUGCAUUUUCCCAUGGAGGAGCAGAAGUGGGGGACAGAAAGAGUUUCAGGAGGGCCACAAUUUAGAUGAAGUUACAAAGACACCAAUGAAACAUGCAGAGUAAUACUUGGACUCUCCUUUCCUAACAUCCUAACCCCAGGUUCGUGUCAAGGACUCUGCCUCCCUUACUGCUUAUCCCUGUGCUAAAUGUACUCUUGAAAGAGAAAACCAGUUGAAUCAUGUCUUGAAGUUACAAAGGAAGAAAACACAUUUCCAACAAGUAUGCUUCUGUCCAGUUAGUGGAAAGUGUUUAACAAAAAGAAUGUAUAACAAAAUCCCCAUGGAAAAAUGUAUCUUCAGUAACCUGAGAUUUUGUAUGGUCAACCUCAUUUGAGUUUUAUCAUGAGGACAUAUUAUCAGUGAGGCCAGCUCCAGACUAAACAUCUGAAAGGAUCUGCAAACUCAUUUGUGCAUUUUCUGUAAAUCAAACCUGAAAGAUUAAUCUCAUUUUUCCUCUAUGGAACUACCGCAAAUCCUUACUUUCCUAUUCAAAAAUGUGAAUUUGUUGGUAUACUCCCCACAAUUAUCACUACUAAUGAAGGCAUUAGUUGACCUGUAGACUUAGAGAAGUAUUGCUUGAUGUUUGGCACAUUUUCUGGAUAGGCAAAACACUAGCUCUGGAAGCAAUCUUAAAGAUCAUGGAGAAUAGAGGUCCCGCUUUAAGUUCCCCUCAGAAGAAAACCAGAAUCCACAGAUGUGAUUUUUUUCAAAGUCACAGAAACAGCCAGGAAUAGUUUGAAAUCAUUCCAGGCUCCUGGCCCACAACUUCUUCCUUGCACCAACUUUUCUCCCAUCUAGGCAUAGCGGAAACUGAGAAAUGCCGCAUGGCCGCUAAAGAAGUAGGCCCUCGUGCAUUUACGUGCUUACCCAUAUUUUUCCGAUAUUCCCAUAUUGUUCAGAUUUUCCAGAUGAAUCCUUCUGGAUUCAUCAUCAGCUAUAUCAAUGGAAAGGCUUUGUGGAGCAAUUCAUUAGACUUGGUGAAGAGUGCCAUGUUGUUGGAAGCCAUGAAUGAAUGUCAUAAGUUUUAUUGACUUAUCAUCAUCAAUUUCUUUCUGUGAAAUUCAAGAUUAUUUUUCCUAAGUUAUAGGCAAACUAAAAAAAGAAAAUCUAAGGAGGUGUGCUUUGUAUUCCUACAAUUCAUCAUAUUGUAAUUGCAGUUAUAAUUUUUGGUUCUUUAUCACUCUGUACCACUUUAUGAUAUAAUUAUUAUGACAUUAGUCAAUGUUUUAUUAGCUAAUUGAUAACAUCAGUACUACAUUUUUUGCAUGUGAACUUUGUAAACUUCCAUUUCAAAGGAAAUUUGAGAAAGAAUUUUUUACAUUUAAACACCAUACACAUUUUCUUCCUCAUAAAAACUUCGGUUGACAGUUACUCAAAUUUAAAUGAAAUUUAGGGAAAUGAGUAAAUUAGAAUUAAUAAAUAAUGUGAGAAACACAAUUUACUUGUGAUUUUCAGACACUUUUCCCCCAUUUUAAGAUAUUACAUCUUGUAAGCAUUUAAAACAGAAGAAAAAUACAUUUUAAUAGAAAUAUUUCCCCUUUAAUGAUUCUAUUUGAGUAAUAUUCUUAUUUUACCUCUUCUUCUAUGCUUGUUUCCAUUAUACAUCCUGGUUGUGACAAGAAUGAAUGGGUUUAAAGUUUCUAAUGACUUUGGGCCAAUUUUAGUAGUUGAUACAAUUACUUCCUCAAUCUCUUCCAUGCUUUUAGGAUGCAUUUUAUUCUAAAAGACAGUAUAAAAUUGACCCUUCUGUGGACAUAGAAUUGUGCAUCAGGUGGAUGUACCCAGUCCCUAUGCUGCUACUAAUGUUGGAAGUUGAGUGCUGUCUUAAUUCAUCCAAGUGACCCACACCCAUAAGAGUUGCUUAUUGUCAGGAAUCGAAAAUUUUUUUUCAGGAAAAGAAGAUUGGGAUGAUGAUAUAAUUUUUUUUUAAGUCAAUGCAGGAUUUCUCUCAAAAAAAAAAAAAAAAGCUUCAAAGGUUUUUUAUAGUGGUUCUAGAUAAUUAGCUAUUUGACAAAAGGGGCUGGAAUGUGGGGAAGAUGAAGAUUAAAAUGAUAGUAGUAUCUGGAUAUUAAAUAUCAAUCAGAAAUUAGCAUGAUCAAAUUUGGAUUUUUAUAUCAAUUGCAUAACACAAGGAGUAAUGCUUACUCUUGUCAAAACAAAAACAAAAAAAAGUUUGUUGUGGGUGUGGGGGCAUGGCACCCUAAGGGUUUGUGAUGACCUAAAAUAGAGGAUGAUUCUUUCCAGUUAUCACAAGCUCUAUAUUAUUUUACUUAUAGCAGGUAGUACAUGAAUCACACCAACAACUCAGUCCACUCCCUGACAAUAAGUGAGCAGAAAAGCCAUUCUCCUCUUUACUCUACAUGGUGGAAGACGGCCCAGAUCUGCAGAGGGUCCCCAGCACCCACUCCUCCCCAGCCCUCACACAGGCACACACAGUUUUGACUUUAGACCCACUCUGUGCAUCCCACUAGCUUACUUUUUUUUAGAUUCACACAGAAUUACCCCCACUGCAAAAUCCUUAUCCCUAUGAAACUUUAAAAUAUAUUGAACUAUGUUAUGUGUUUGCUCUCUGUAAAUCCUUAUUUAAUUAAUUUAUAUAUACUUUGUGAAGUCUUAUACUGUACAUUAUAAAGGGAUGUCAUUUGUAGUUGAUUAAAUACAAUGUUUAUGAGCAGUCUGAUAAAAAUAGACUUGGACAUUAGACCCUUGAUAAGAAAUAAAACACCCAUUAUAAAUAUGAUUCUAUUGGAAAAUAUAUGAUUUGACAUACUUUAUUUUUAGUUGCAAUCUAUUCCAGAUAAAUAAUAGUUUGGGGACGUCUGUAUUUAAAUACUAGCUGAUCACCUGUUGGAAUGGAAUACAAAAGACUAACUGUCCCUGGAACCAAAAUGUGAAUUUCUGGCAGAACUGAAAAUAUUAUAAUAAUGAGGCAAUAAUAAAAUUAGGAAAUUAAGUUUU